AUGAUCGCUAUUACUUGUCAGUUAUUGUAUUAUUUAUUUUAUUUGCUUGUUUAUUGUUUAUUUCUGCAAGUAAGCACUGGUGUCGAAGAACCGACGAAUCUAGAGGGCACAUCGGUUAAUGAAUGGCGUGGUUAUUAUAGGAAGGAACAUUCUUUGGCUAAACCAUACCAAGGUUCAAUUACUUUUUUAUUCAUUUCAACGUCAGUUAUUUGCUCUUACCCAGUUGACCUACAAUUUCUUUUCUUUCUUUCUUAAUA